AUGGUCGUAGCCCUGGGUACGGGCACCAAGUGCCUUGGUGGUUCCAAACGCAGCGCGCUGGGCGACGUCAUAAACGACAGUCAUGCCGAGGUAGUGGCGCGGCGGGCGCUGCUGGCGUGGCUGUACGACGAAGCAGCUCUCGCUUUACAAGUACGACAGGAG